AUGGAGGAACUGUCCAGUAACAGCGAAAUCAAAAGCCAAGCGAACUUCUGUGGUAAGAACUACUGUUCCCUAGAUUCAGCCUACAAUCAAAGUCCAGACAGUAACAGUAACAUGAGCGACACGGCUGGGAGUCCAGAUAUAUCCAGUUUUCCUUCGUCGUUCAUAGACUUCAGCUCCCCGUACUCUGCUUACUCCUCGGGGCAGUUCACCGGGCAUUACCACCAAGAUGGCAGCCAAGUGCAUGGUCAACAAAGUUAUAAUCACGUGGCAUUCUCGUCCUUCUUUCAGGAAGCUUCCAGUGUUGACCCGCUGACCGGUAAGAGGAAGUCGCCCAAGUGCUACGAGAUUUCACGAGUUGGAGCGACAGAGCGGGAACGUACUCGCAUGCAUAUGCUGAAUGACGCUUUUGAUGAUCUCCGAAAAGUAGUGCCGAAAUCGAACUUGAGCGAGCACCAGAAGCUGUCAAAGAUCGCCACUCUUCGUUUGGCCAUUCACUACAUUUCCGCACUUGCAUCUACGCUAAAGGCAACAGGAACGGAGAUUCGGCUUGUCAAGGACACGGGGGUUUGUGAUAGAAGAGGAAGACGCCGAGGCAGAGGUGGCAGACGAAGCAAGAUGCCUCACUCCCUUCCCUGUCCGUCUGUUACUAUGGCGCGGAAUGAUAUCCCACAAGGAGCAGCUUACUACCACCAACAGUUUCACUACCACGCCAACGGUCAUGCCAAUAGCCAUGCCAACGUUCAGUCCAACCAUCAACCCCCAGGUCAGUUCCAGCAACAUCAUCAUCAUCACCUACAACAGCCCCACAGUCAGCAUUUACCCCAGCAGCACCACUUGCAGCAGCUGCAGCAACAACAAUUUCUACAUCUUCAUGGUCGUUGUCAGGAAAGCGUCAAUAAAUCUAAAGCUAUAUUUGAAGAAAAUCCAAAUAUGCAACUUCUGUGUUCGUUAUAA